CAAUUAGAUUUAUUAUAUACAGUUUUAGGUCAUCAAACUAAAAAUGACUUCCUUACGUUCUUGGAGAUAUGCAAGACCGCCGAACUACGAUCAGAAUAUUGACAAAAUGUAUCCAUAUUCCGAGGUGCCCUUUUUAGGCGAUUAUAAUUUGGUAAAAAUACCGAUAUCUUAUAGCAAACUUAUAGAUCACAUCGAUUAUUGGGGUGAGGGGAAAAUAUCAGUAGCGGAAGGAUGCACUGGUUUUGCUGAUUGUUACAAUAUUAACGAGGUUCACCAACUCGUGAGCAAAGGUCCGGAUACAAACAGGAAAAUACCAAAUAGAAUACCAGUCAUAAGUUCUACGAACUGUGAUACUAGUGGUUAUAUCAAAAAUGAUUCAGUAAAACUUGUUACAGUCUUGGGUGCACCAAUAAACGAUAGCUGUGCCAAAGACAUUGCAAGAAUCGUCAAUAAAGACGUCGGCAAAGUUGUUGUGUUCGGUUUUAAAGAAGAUUCCACAGAUAUUAAAACUCUUGAACAAGAAUUGACCAAAAAAAAUAUGAUUUACUGCGAAGAAUUCGUUUUACCAAUGAAAUUGUUAGGCUUAACCAUGUUUAACAAUUUCCGAGCUUAUUUGAAUCUCCCUGAUCUAUGUAACUAUUUGUAUAAAAAUGUCGUUGAUGGUAAUUACGAGAAUGCAAUAUUGAAAAGCAAGAUAAUCAAUGAAAGUGGCAAUGGCAGUCUUAUCUUCGACGUUAUAACGAAAUUGCUGGUUGAAGGGAAUAAAAACAUAAUGACUUAUGCUUACCAAUUAUGGCAUUUAAAUUGUAAAGAUAUAGUUACGAACUAUUUUCCUCUAGCCUUUCAAACGAUACUUAAAGAAGAAUAUGUGGUAAUCUUGAACAAGAAAUAUAAUCUUGCUUUUAAAUUAGACGCCCAUACUGAUUCCUACAACGAUAGAUUGGCCUGGGGAGAUGGUAGAGACAAAACAAGUGAACGAGUUAAAUGGAAAUUUGCACCAGUUUUAAAGGAUGAUUGUAUUUUAUUUAAAAUAAUGAAUAAGGAGCACGGUUUAUUCUUAAAACUAGAUGUGAAACCUAAUAAAAUAGGCGACAGACCUGCGUGGGGAGGUAAAAACACAAGCGAAGAAAGAUUCGAGUGGAUUUUGAAUCCAAUUAUGAUUAAUUACGAUUUAAUGUUUUUGAUAAUUAAUAAAAAAUAUGAUCAAGGACUUAAAAUGGAUUCUAAUAUGGACGAAUACCACGAUAGAUUAUUGUGGGGGCACAAUGGAUCGGUUUUGAGUAAUCCUGAAGAAUACGGUUGGUACAUUCAAUAAGUACAUUGUUUUGUAACAAUAGAAUUA